UCAGACUUUCAGUUGAUUUAGUUAAAGCUAAAACCUUCCUGCAUUAACAACCUUUUGUCGAGGCAUACCUGCUGCAGCCAUGGACUGGGCGUGGCUGGGGGAGUUCUUGAAGGGUAUGAUCAAGCCCACGGCGGCGCUGGCGGUGGUGGCGAUGGCAAUCUUCCUCUCGUACCUUCAGAAGCUGGGCCUGGAGGCUGAGAUGGCUUAUUCCAUUUUCAGGGCUUUUCUUCAACUCUCCAUCAUUGGGUUUGUUCUGCAGUUCAUAUUCAACCAAAAGAACGCUGUUUGGAUUGUUAUGGCUUAUCUUUUCAUGGUCUCUAUUGCUGGUUAUACAGCUGGACAACGAGCCAAACACAUACCAAGAGGGAAGUAUGUGGCGGGAGUGUCGAUUCUGGCAGGAACGUCGAUUACUAUGGUUAUGUUGGUGGUUCUGAGUGUUUUCCCCUUCACUCCGAGGUACAUCAUCCCCGUUGCAGGGAUGAUGGUCGGCAAUGCAAUGACGGUCACCGGUGUUACGAUGAAAAAGCUCCGGGACGACAUCAAGAUUCAGAUGAGCCUGGUAGAGACAGCACUUGCUCUCGGGGCAACACCUCGUCAGGCAACGCUGCAACAGGUGAAACGGGCACUCGUGAUUGCACUCUCUCCCGUUCUGGACAAUGCCAAGACCGUUGGACUAAUUUCACUUCCGGGUGCAAUGACGGGCCUUAUAAUGGGCGGAGCAUCGCCCCUGGAGGCCAUCCAGCUCCAGAUCGUGGUGAUGAACAUGCUCAUCGGGGCAUCCACAGUUAGCAGCAUCAUGUCCACAUAUCUAUGCUGGCCUUCGUUCUUCACCAAGGCUUACCAGUUGGAAACAAAGGUGUUCUCUUCCGACUCAAGUUAGGAGUAGAGAACUUUCUGUAACAUGGAAAAGGGACGUAUUGACAGAAAGCUAAAGUUUAUCCACAACAGUGAAGUAUUCGUUUCACUGGUUUCUCUGCUAUGUGAAUGCCUUUUUCUUGCUACACUUGUACCCUGCUUGAUUGCAGAAAUAAGCAUAAGGGAAAACAGAACAACUCAGCCAACAAGUUCUCUAAACUCCAGUCUACCGAUUGGAUAUUCUGUUGUAUCUUUUAUUUCAUUCAACAUAUAUAUGCCACAUCACGUGUAUAUAAUAUUUUCUAAACUAAAAUACAUGACGUCAUCCUUAUA